CCUGACUCCCUCUUCUCUCAGUAAAUAGAAAUGAGAAAAUUGAGCGCCAUUGUUCAGCAAUUCAAAUUCACUCAUAUUGCUCCAUUCCUCAUUUCUCUCUCCUAAAAAUGGAGAAACGGCUUCGUUCUUCUCUGCAAAAUUCAGCAGAUUCAUUUCUAGAAUCAGCCACCAAACUCUCUCUGAAAUCAGCAAGACCUUCACUUAAAUCCUUGAUCCACUCCAUCAAACCUUCUUCAGACCUCUCAACUUCUCUCCCUCUCUCUCUUCGCUCCUUCAUUUCUCGUUCCAUCGCUUCCUACAGAACCCCCUCAAACCCCAGAACCCCGCCUUCGCCGCCAUCGAAAAAACCUCGAAGAUCUUCCCGGAACUCAAUCACCCAAGUCGAAGAACCCCUUCAACAAAAAUCCCACCUCCAAAAUCUUCAAUUCUACGCUUACAUUACCCUAAUUUCUACAAAACAUCCCCAAAAUGUUUUCUCUCCCGACGAUUUGUUCCCUGCUGUUCGAGAACUACACGACAAUUUGAUCCUUUUCGAGUCCGAUAAUGUUCUUUUGUCCGAGAUUUCUAACUUGUGUGAACUAUGGUGGAAGGAGGAGCUUGUUGGGAGAGAGUUGUUGAUUUCUCAAUUCCUGCCUUUUCUUGUUUCGAGGUCGUUAACUUUAAAGAAAAAGGUUGAUGUUCAUAGGGUUUAUGGGUUAAGAGAAUCUUUUGUUUUGUUUGAUUUUGAGGAUGAGAGUAUAGAGGAUUUAAAGCUGUUGCUGCUUCGUUGUGUGAUUACCCCGCUGUAUUUAAAGACUGAUGAUGGAAGGCGAUUUAUUGCCUUUUUGUUCGGUUUAAGCUUUCAGCUUCUGAAGGAGGUGUUGGCAAUGAUCAGAUCCCAAAUUCCUUUUGGGAGGAAGUCAAUUUUGGAGGCUUAUGGGGAAAUUUUGUUUAAAGGGUGGAAGAGUGUGGAAGGUGAUCUUAGGAAGGAAAUUGAAGAUGGGUUUUUGCAGGGUUUGAUUGAAGCCGCUAUAUAUGCUGCUUCUGCUUCCCUUGCAGCUUCUGUUAGGAGGGUUUUAGGAGGGUUCAUCAAUCAGAGGACUACUGAUGGGGUAGAGAAGAUCCUAUAUCGAGUGGCCGAGCCUGUGAUUUUCCGGUCAUUGCAGGUUGCAAAUUCAAAUGUUCGGCUGAAUGCUCUUCAUUUACUCUUGGACAUUUUCCCACUUGAAGAUCCAGAUGCUACAAAAGAGGCCAAGGACACAUUGCUUGAAAAACAAUCUUUCUUGUUGGAGAAAUUACUUAAAGAUGAUUGUCCUGAUGUGAGAGUUGUUGCUGUAGAAGGUUGUUGCCGAAUUCUUCGCUUGUUCUGGGAAAUUAUUCCUUCCUCCACUAUCACCAAAAUAAUAACUAUAAUUUUUGAUGAUAUGUCGCAUGAUGUAUCCAAUGAGGUUAGAUUCUCCACGUUGAGUGGUAUAAUUUAUUUGAUGGGCAAUCCUCAAGCCCAUGAACUCCUUAAAGUCCUCCUACCUAGAUUGCGUAGCAUGAUUAUGGAUCCGGUUCUCUCUGUUCGAAUUGCUAUGGCUGAUCUCCUACUUCUCAUUAUGGAUGUUCGAGGGUUUCAGUUUAAUAAGGUGGUUGAUUUGGAUGUUCUACUGACUACUCUUGCAAAUGAUCAACCACCUGUUGCUCAAAAAAUUGUACGUCUGCUCUUACCAUCAUACUUCCCAGCAAAGGUCAAAAUAGAAGAGGCAUGCACUCGCACUAUCACACUAAUUGAAAGGUCUCCUGUGGCUGGUGCAAGAUUUUGUGAAUUUCUUUCGUCAGAAGGAGCAUCUUCAAAGUCUCUAACAGAACUAGUCAGAGUUCUUACUGAUAUAAUCCUUGCAUCUGAUAGACUUGAUGCAGAUCAUAUCAAGGGAAUAUUUGUUGCAUUAGACCAUCUUUGCAGGAAUCUAGCAAAUGAGUCAUCUCGUAGAGACCCACUCAAGGACUUAUUUUCAGGUGAAAAACUUAAGGGUUUUUUGGCUGCUGCAGUGUUUGGGAAUGCUCAAUCCUCUUUGUUUGAUAUUAUUUCUAUUGUCUCUCCGGUUGGUGAAACGGGACUACUCGAAAAAUGCUUAGCUGCAGUCUCAAAUUGUCACAGUUUGUCUGAUAAUGAAGAAAAGCAAGCUGAAGUGCGGUCUGCACACAAACUGGUUAUAUCCUGUAAAUGGUUUGACCAUAUGUUUGAGGCCAUGUCAAGGCUCCUGCAAGACACUGCUAUCAAGUGUAAUGAAUACUUCAGCAUUGAAAUACCCAGGGACAUAACACCGUCUGCAAAGAGGAAGAAAAGCAAACUCUCUAGAGAAUCAGGACAAGGAAAACAUGUCAAUAGAAAAGGACCAUCAGAAUUCAAGAAUAGUUACCGAAAUUCUGUAGGAAUAGCAUGGCAAAUAAAAGAUCUAUUGGCUUCAGAGAUUAGCCGAAAAGCAAUGUUCAAAUCCAAGCACUUUAAAGUGGUGAUUGUUUCCUUGAAGAUCAUAUCUCAAAUAAGUGUAGGACAUAGUAUGUGUUAUGAUUUUAUGGACGCGUUGGUGGUGGAUGCUUACAUGGCUCUUUCUCUGCACAUGACUCUCCAACACAUUAGUAUCUAUAAUUUUGAUGACCAAAAUGACAGGGAAAAUAAUGCACCAACUUCUGGAUUAGUAGAGGAGCAAACACUUGUGGACAAGACAUUGGAUCAUUUGCUCAACUGUACAGAGAAAGUACUUGAUGCUGGAGGUUUAGCAAAAUUUGGAUCAAUAUCGUCAGGAUGUAAGUUAUGUAGCAACAGGACUGUUCAGCUCCGCAGGCAAAAGAAAGGAGACUCUCAUGUAGAUGGCUCUUGUUCCGAUGAUAAAGGAUCUCCCUUUUCAUACAAAAGAAAAAUGUUGAAUUCAGUGAAGAUUUGCACCGCAGUUCUGAAGUUGAUAGUUGAUGUUUCAGCAAUGGACUUCCUCUUUCACAGACAAAGGGUUCUGCGUUUCACGACUUCAUAUAUGCAGAACAUGAAAUCCAUCUUAAAACGAAUAUUUCAUGAUGAAUUGAAGUUUGAGGAAGAACAACUGAGAGAAGUCCAUUUGUGCUUGAAGAGUAGUUUCAGUUAUGCAGCGAAGUUGCUUAAUAUAGUUCUUGCAAGCACCAAAGAAGAUUGUCCUGCUCCUGAAGAAGUGUAUGAAGUUGCGAAUCAUCUGCUUGAUCUAAUAGCCUCAAUAGAGUUGUACUGUGGACCUGGUUAUGCAGCACGUAUGGUCAGUUUAGCAAAACAAUGGAUGCCUGAUGUGAUUCUAGGAUUGGGAUCUAGGAACAUGCUAAAACAGUCAAUGGAAGAGAGUGAUGAUGAGAUGUAUAUCCAUCCGUGGAUGUCAAUUUUAGCAAGUAUUGAGCUUUAUGAAUUGAAAUGGUCAGAGUCAGGUGAUGAUGAGGAAGAUGAUAAAGAAAUAGGAAAUGAGAAGUUCCCAGCAUUUAGCAAGUUAAUUGGAAUGAUGGUUCAACUAGUUGGAAUAAAUAAUGAGAUAUUAGACAUUGUUGGGAUAAUAUUUCUCAUUGGGUGUAGAACAAAUUUGCAAAGAAAGGAGUUUGGGUCUGCCUUGGGACUAGUACGCUUUGUUUGUACGAAGCUGUUGAAGCAGGCAGGCAUACAGUUGGGAAAGCUAAGUAUGAUACUGACUUAUGUGCAACAACUAUACCCACAAGUUGAAAGGUGUAUGGAGGAAGCAGAGAACAGUGAUGGGUUACAACAACUUGUUGGUAUCAAAACAUUGCUUGAUCCUGUUUGGGACUAUCCAUGUGAAACCUGAUGCAUGUCAUCACUCAUCACUCAUCACUCAUCACUCAUGAUAGAUUAUCUGAAUUUUCUAUCAAGUUUUCUUUUGUAUAUAAAAAACAUUUACGAUUUAAGGCAAUGUUUAUACUAGUGAACUACUCUAGUAGUUUCUCA